AUGUGGAUUCUGCCUCUCGUUGGCUACCUGGGGUCUGUCCUCGGGUUCUGCUUCUUGACGUUGGCCAUAGCCUCGGGCUUGUACUAUCUCUCCGAACUUGUCGAAGAGCAUACUGUCAUUGCGAAACGACUGCUCACCCGAUUAAUAUACUGCAUUAUCGGUCUACAAUUGGUGCUCUGGGUCGUUGAUGGCUUACCUUUCUGGUUGACCCUGCUCGGGGUCGUCUCUCAUGUUAUCUAUUUGGGUAACAUGCGGCGAUUCCCUUUUGUCAAGCUGACGGACCCUCUAUUCAUAGCCUCAUGUGUGCUCGUUAUUGCCAAUCACUAUGUCUGGUUCCGGCACUUUUCCGACGCGCAACAGCAGUCAUAUUCCCGAUUAACAUCAAUGUAUGACCAGCCCGAUGUGCCGAGCUUCACAGAAAUCGCGUCGUUCUUCGGCAUCUGCGUAUGGCUUAUACCUUUUGCCUUGUUUGUCAGCUUGUCAGCUAGUGACAAUGUCCUGCCCACUAUUGGCAGUGAGCAGCCAUCUCAUGAUGAUGGUAGCAAAAACAAGCGCCAAGGAAUGGUCAAAGUCAUUGUUGAUUAUGUAUUAUCAGCCAUUGGCGAGGUCAGUCGACUAGCCGGGUGGAAGAAGCCCGAAGAGCGUUUUUGA